CACAUCAACAUUUAUGUUGUGGUAAAUUUAAAAGACACUUCCUCCAGCUGUGCAAUUUUCUUUAUUUUAAAAAUAUUUGUUGUUUAUCAAGUAAAAAUUGUGUUUUUGCGUGCAAAUUGAAAUUGACCAACUAUUCCAAAUACCAUAUUGAAAUGAACGCCGAAGUGGAAGACCAAAUUCGUAAAAAAGUCCCUUGGACAAAGUUGCCGACCCAUGUAAAACAGAUUCUCAACAAUUCAUGGAAGAACUAUGAAAGAUUUAUUGUAAAUUUUAGUAUUCAAAAUCAAUUACGUUAUCGAGGAAAUUUAGUCCGUCACGUUCUGAAAGAUGAAAAACGCUACUACGAAAGAGUCAUAUCUUUCAGCCGAGAACGACUCAUGCUAUUCCCGUACCAUUUGGCCGACAUGAUUGUUAAAGGCCUGAGAAUAACCCCAUUCAAUUACUACAUUUCCGUUGUGGAACGACUGAUGCAAGCUGAAAAAAGCUACGAUACUUUGCCUAACUUUACUGCUGCAGAUUGUUUAAGAUUGUUAGGAAUUGGCAGAAACGAAUAUAUUGAUUUGAUUAAUAAAUCUAGAACCAAUAGAGGAAGGUUGUUUGGUAAAAAAAAUGUUAGAGUGCUUCUACCUAAAGUACCAGUUAAUAUUCAUAUAGAACCGUGGUGGAGAGUUGAAGUUGGGCUUAUUUUAGAUGAGGAUACUAAGAUGGUAAAUGAAGAAGAAUUAGCUGUAAUUGAUAAACUAAUAGAUUUAGGUUCAAAAAAUGCUGGUGAUUUACCUUUUAAUAUUGUACUUAGUUUAUAUAAGAAAGGCUUAAUAUAUUUAGAUGUGCCUGUAACAGCUGUAGAUAAAGUCCAGGUACCACCUUUACAAGGAUUCGUAAUGAAUAGAAUUUUAGGUGACUAUUUUGAGACGCUUUUGUAUAAAAUUUUUGUUUCUAUUGACGAGCAUACAACUGUAGGAGAGUUGGCAACAGUGCUGGAAGUAGAUACCGAGCUAGUUAAACAAGCAGUUUCACUUUAUUGUCGUUUACAAUUCGCCAAAAAAUUCGACGCUGAAACUGAACAAGACAGAGUUAGACGACAUCCUUCUUGGUCAAAUGUACCUAUUGCAAAUGAAAGCCCUCCCAUUGAAAUCACUCCGCUCACUCUUAAUUUUCCCUCAACUACAAACCCACCACUGGAGGGCUUAGAUACCCCACAACUCUCCACAGACAGCCCUACUCAUUCCCCACACAUUCAACCUACUGGCUUAAGAGUGGCUUUCCUCUUUGAUUCAGCAUUGACAGCUUUCCUGAUGAUGGGCAAUUUAUCGCCCGGGCUGAAACGUCACGCCGUAACUAUGUUUGAGGUUGGCAAAUUACAGCAUGAAAGUUUGGAUAGUUUUUUGGGCGAAUUGGAAAAAGUUUCUGCCAUGGAUGCAGAUGGAGAAGGGGAGGCUAGAAGGUUUUUCGAUCAUGCAGUAAUUUUGAGAUCUACAAUUUUGGCUUUGAGGAAAUUGCCGGGGCCUGGUUUGGAUUUGGUACGUUUGGAAAGUUUGAAUUCCUUGGACGAGGCCACUUGUCAGAGGCUUUUGAAAAAGAAAUAUCGGCUUUUGAUUGCUAUGGCUCCAAUUGGUAGAGAGGUGAGAAUAUCUCCACUUUCAUCAAUGCCUCCUGCCUUAUUAGGUCCAAGCCAUCCAGAAAUCAACAGCCUAUGGUUUCGCAUGUUUUUAUACUACGUUACAGGUUUUGGACCUCCCAGCUUACUAUUAGCCAAAGGAAGCGAAAUUAAACGAUUGCCAAGAAUGUUUUUAGGAUUUUCCAGACUUUUGGUUACUUCAUGGUUACAUGAACCUGCAAUAAUACCAAUAAGUAAUAUUCUGUAUGUAAAUGCUGCCUUGCAAUUUGCUCCAGUGUUAGUGCAAGGGUAUGGGGUGCAACAUCCGGUUGAAACAAAACUAUUAACUUUUCCAUUUAAAACUAUAUCUCCCGCAUCAAAAAAUGGCAGACCUAGUCCUGAAGCUGCCCAAUUCUUGACAAAACACCCCGCCAUUGGUGCCCUAUUCGAACUAUUAGACUUGGAUCACAGUUGUGGCUAUUUGACAUUCGCCAAUGUGGGAGUUUUGGACUUUGGACGUCCCGAAGGUGAAGGGAUGCAAGUGCGUUUGAAGGGCGCCUCGAAAACUGUUGCUAAACAACCCACAGGGAUUGCCAAUGAAAAUUUCCAAUUUGAGAAAAAAGCUAUAAUUGUUGAUGACCGGAUAUUGCAAUCGCCUGUUGAGUCUCACUUUGCUGUUACUCCUGUUGAUGGGUCUAGUCACAGAUCAUCGCCUACUAAUGGGUUUACUAGUCAAGAUUGUACAACAUUACUCCAACAAGAGCUUGACCAAUUGGACAUCAAAGAUAACAAAAAAUUGGAACAUCAAGUGCCUUCAGUUGAUCAACUUUUGAGUCCCACUGAAGAAAAUAUUGGAAUUUUUAGUAGGAUAGAGGACGAGAAAAGUGAGGAGACUAAGGAUAAAAGUCAGCAAAAUGAUGAAUCAACUAGGAACUGGACGAUUUUGGAUUGUCAUUUUGGUAUACCACUAUUUGACGCAGAUGCUAAUACUAAAAUUUGUGACGCAAUAGUUUCUGGAGGUCUUGCAGAAGACGAUAGUUUGGACCACUUAAUAAAUUCCAGUAAAAAACUUGGAACAAUGUUAUUGGACUUCAUAUCUCAAUGUCAAUAUUUCCCUGGAGAAAAUAUGGAAAUUAUGAAACGGGGAAAGUUGGUUCCUUUACCAAGACGAUGUCUAGUUUUCGAUAACGGAAGGGUUAGUGAGUGGAGUGGCAAAUAAUGGCAAUUUUUUUGCCUAUAUAUGAUGCAAUAAAAACUGGAAUAUUUUAAAUCAGAUUGACACAAUUUUCCAUUUAAUUGUAACCUUGUUAGUCUGUGUAGAAUUCUUAAUGCAAUUUUCAAACCAUUCCAAAAAAAAAGUAUUAUUUUGUUUUUCAUAUUAAUGUUUAGGCAACAACUUCUACUUUUAUAUUUUGCUGUGAAUUUUUAUGUUAUGUACUUAAUUUCUUGUUUAUUUUAAAUAUGUGCUACUUGGAUAUUUUUUGAAACCAAAAUGUGAUUCAAAUCUAUUAAUUACCCAUCACCCAAGAAGUGUGCAUUCUUAUUGUGUACUUUUUUUCAGCCUUCUAGGAAUUUUUUACAAAAUAAAAGUACAACUUAAUACUGAUUUAAGUAGUAAAUUAGCAUUUAAAGAAAAUGCUGAGCUAGAUUUUAACGCAUUUUUAUUUAAAUUGAAAAUGCUUAAUGCUAGAGUGUUUAUUUUUUUAUCUAACAGUUUAUUAAUUAUGUUUUCAAAAUAAGUAUUUUAUCAUUAUAUUAAUAUUGUUAACGUUAUACUAAUACAUUCCUAUUUUAUGUGUUAUAUAGUUUGCUAGUUUUUUUAAUAAAAUGUUUAA